AUGUUAGAAGAAGGAUCAGUCUCUGGAAUGUCAUCAGGAGCCUCAACCCCUGAACAUGAGGCUCCAUUUACUCCAAAAUUUGUUGUACGAUUAAGUGAUCAUGUGACGAAGGAUGGAGACUGUGUUAAGUUUACACUUCAAGUAUCACAGAAUGGCCAUACAGUUCAAGUCUUGGAGAGAGAGUAUGAAGACUUUGAGUACUUGGAGCAUUGUGUGACAACCAGCCAGCCCUCCCAUGGCCUCAUCAUACCUCCAAUGCCUCAACGCUCAGCAAUAGAUCCUUAUAAUGCAGAGAUACAAUCAAAGCGUCUCAUGGGGAAGGGGUCAAAGACCCUAAUACCAGAUGAAUUCCAUAAGGAUUGUCUCCAGUUACAAAAGUACCUGGAGCUCCUCCUUUCACACCCUGUCUUAGGGAAAAGCCAAAAGCUCCAUGAUUUUCUCACUGUCAAAGAGGCUCCUCCUCGGACCAAGGUUAAGAAGGGCCUAAUCAGCCGCCUGUCGGACAGUUUAGAUGCACGAAAAGCAUCUUAUCCCGACUGUGAAGAGUUCUUCCAAAAGGAGCGCGACUGGGUUGCUAAAUACCAGCCAGCAGCUGCUAAUGCCAACGAUGCCUUCAGCAAGAUCAUCUGUGCUCAGCUAAGGAUAAGCCACCAGCUGGAGCAGAUGGUAACUGCACUUAAACUAAGCAGUCUUCCCAAUGACCAAGUUCAUUAUAUGCAGUUCAACAAUAUGAACAUGAUUUUCCUCGACUGUAUAGACACUUUGAAAACUCAGACCGAAGAGAAGGCCGACAAGGAAGACCUGAUGUUUGGCGCAGUGCAGACUCUGUGGCACCGUUAUGUCCAAGCGGAAAAUGCCAUGUUGCUCGACCGGACCUGCCUCAUGGUCGACUACCAGGCCUGCAACCGGGCCUUGGACAAGGCCAAGCCCAACCGGAAGGAGGCGGCCGAACGCGCUAAGAAGGAAGCGGAACAGGCCUUCGAGGAGUGCAGCGACGCCGCCAGGCAGGAGAUUAAGGAAUUUCAGCGAAAGAGAGUGGAGGAGCUACAAAGAAGUAUUGACCAGUAUGCAGCCUACCAGCUGACCUGUUCCCGGGCCACCCUUAACACACUCACACAGGCACUUAGCCAAAUCAAAGCUAUCAAUUUAUAGACUCAUCCCUCAAAUCCUAUGGGGCUCACCCACAUCAUAGAUAAGCUCACACCAUGGUACACCAUUAUCACACUGCAACUGUGCUUACUAUGCAGUGUAAAAUGCCCUCCAGCCUUCCCCACUUGCCUAUCCCAAAUGAAAUAUAAUUAUUUUUAAAUAUAAAUUAGGCGGUUUCUUUGAAAUAAGCUUCCACUCUGAUUCAUCUUCGAGAGCCAAAAUUAUCUUGAGUGUUAACCAGAAUGUCUAAAUGUGAACUAAAAGGCUGCCAGUAAUUGCAUCGGGUUGUAGCUGUACGUAGGAUACCUUGGAGGAAUAAGAACCGUCCAGCAAGUGGUGGUGAGCAAAAAACACAUAGUCAUAAUGAUCUCAGACAACAUAUCCUGAUAACAUGAGUGUGUUUGAGCAUAAUAAUCCAUCACAAAAAGGCUGUUCAUGAAUCACAUAAUUCAUUAAGUAGGUGACUGGUUCUUCCAAAGCUACAAAAGACCUGUCAUGUAUCACAAACCAAUAUGAGUAUGAUUUUAUUGAAUUUUAUGCCUUUUAUUAAGGGGAUAGUGUUAAGUGAGCUGGCUUGAUGAAGGCGUUCAUUGCACGUCUCUUUAUAGACCACUUUUUGAAAGAUCACUGCAGAGUGUUGUGGGGAGUACGUAUGGGUGUGAGAUUAUUAAAUUCUGUACUUCAGUUUCUUUGUGAUUGAUAUAUUAGUUUGAUAUAAAUCAUCAUUAUAGUGAUGUAUGCACUAUGGUUUCCAUUUACAGAAUUGUUAUAAGGAUAAAUAAGACUUUUCUGUCUUCUCUGUUUAGAUUAUAUUUUCAGGGUUACAAGAAGUCAAGAAAUCCUAUAAAUGUUAGUUUUUGGACAUUAAUGCUACUUGUUUAUAAAAAAUGGAGAGAGCCAGUAUAAAACAGAGAGAAAAGAAGAGUGUCCUGGGUUUUCAGCUGUUAAAAAGAAUAGGUGUUAUUUCAUGAGCUGUAAAAAUUAGACUAUAUUUCAAGUCAGUCAUUCUUUUUCUUUGAAUACCAUGCAACCACUCGAUUUAAAGUUCAAAUAACAUUGAUACUCCUAUGAUAAUGAUGAUAAAAAUAACAAUAAUGAUGAUGUUAAUUAUGAUAAUGAUAAUGAUUAUGAUAAUAAUGCUAAUGCUAAUGAUGAUAAUGAUAAUGAUUGUAAUAAUAAUGAUAAUGGUAAUGAUAAUAUUAAUAAUGAUAAUGAUUUUUUUCUUAUCAUUAUUAUUAUCAUCAUCAUCAUUAUCAUUAAUAAUAAUAAUAAUAAUAACAAUAAUAAUAUUACUAUUACUGUUACUAUUAUUGUUGUUGUUAUUAUUAUCAUUACUUUUAUUAUUGUCAUUAUUAUUGUUGUUAUUGUUAUUAUUAUUAUUAUUAUAUUGUUGUUGUUGUUAUUGUUAUUAUUAUUAUUAAUGUUGUUAUUAUUUUUAUCAUGAUGAUGAUGAUAAUGAUAAUGAUGAUGAGGGUGAUGAUGAAGAACAACAUCAUCAUCAUUG